AUAUAAGCCCCACAAGGAAAGCGCUGAGCAGAGGAGGCCUCAGCUUGACCUGCUGCAGUGCAGCCCUUGGGACUUCCACGCCUUCCACCUCCUGCUCAUCUGCUUCACAAGCUAUCGCUGUGAGUGGCUGGGGGCUCAAACAUGGUCUGCUACCAGGAAAACCAGCGUGUUUUGUGGGGAAACUGAGGAUGGGUGGUGGAAGCUGGGGAUGAGUGGUAGGAAACUGGAUUGGAGGGGGCCAUUGGAGGUGGGAAGGAGGCCUGGGAGUCCCGUUGCCAGCAACUAACUCUCUGGGCAGCAGCGGGAGUGGGGGUGGGGAGGCAGGCAGGGCUUAUGCCCCUCUCACAGAUGAGGAAACUGAGUCAGGAGACGGUGCAGUGCCGGAGAACAUACAGCAAGCCGGUGGCUGAGCCUUGGUCCGGUACCAGCCCCAGGAAGAACGUCGGAGCGCGGCCCCGACGGCAGCCGCAGCCUCCCACCGUGGAGGGUCGAGGCUUGGAAUGACCCACCCCCCAGUAUCGCCUUCCCAGAUGGUGCUCGUGCGCAGGCCGUGGCCCGCCUUGGCCACAGUAAUUCUGGCCCUGCUCGUCUGCCUGGGGGCACUGGUCGACGCCUACCCCAUCAAACCCGAGGCUCCUGGCGAAGACGCCUCCCCGGAGGAGCUGAGCCGCUACUACGCCUCCCUGCGCCACUACCUCAACCUGGUCACCCGGCAGCGGUAUGGGAAAAGAGACGGCCCGGACGCACUCCUUUCCAAAACGUUCUUCCACGACGGCGAGAACCGCCCCAUCAGGUCGCGGUAAAAGCGCCCCCGUCACCACACAUCCUGCCUCCGAGAGUGCGGCCUGGCCCCACCCUGGCAACAUCACUUACGACGUCUCCCAGGCUCGCCUACCCGAGAUCCAAUUCGUUCCCCUUCGCUUCCGCAGGUCGGAGGUCCCAGACCAGUGGUGAGGACCCCUGAGGCCUCCUGGGAGAUUUGCCAACCACGCCCAUCUCAUUUGCAUAGCACUCCCUACCCCAGAAACCCGGAUUCUGCCUCCCGACGGCGGCGUCUGGGCAGGGUUCGGGUGCGGCCCUCCGCCCGCAUCUGGGUGCCCCAGCCCCCUGGGCUGGAGGGCUGUGUGUGGUCCUUCCGUGGUCCAAAAAUAAAGAGCAAAUUCUACAGAAAUGGAAUGUGUGCCUUUGUAUUUCCUUUCCUUUCUCCUUCGUGGAGGUGGCGUCCAGUGGAAGUGGAGAGUAGAGGCGUGGGGGUCAGGGAAGAGAAAACCG